CGUUGUGUACUGAAAGCUCGACUUUAAGCCAUGCACUAGACUUAUUAGUAUUAUUCACAGCAGUUUUACAGUAUUUAAGAGCUAUAAUUUAUCGUCACCUUACACUUGAAGAUGCCUCCUUCAGCAGCUGCUGGUACCGAGGAUGGGAAAGUCUUGGUGAGGAAGAUAUUGAGGGAAGUGUUGGUGGGUCGAGAGGAUCCAGAGGGGUUUUUCGCGAUGUGUGUGUCCGUUUUGGGGCACCAGGAGACCCGAUCACAGUUCAUGUCCCUCAUCCAGCCACUUUCCUCGGCCAACAGCACCCUGCACUCCGCCCUCACCUCCAUCUACAAGGAAUAUUUCUCACAGACUGAGGAUGAUGAACUGGAACUUGCAUUGGCGCUCUCUCUACUGGAAAUGAAGGAUCACAACAGUCAGGAGUCCCGACCACAGCAACCUGGAGACAGACUGAAUCAAAGACGCUUUGUUCAACUGACCUCUGUAUCUACACCUCAGGCCAGCAGCCUCAGGAAAGAAAACACCAACUCAGCACAGAGUGGACCCUGGGUAAAGAUGAGCCCACCACAUACAACCAAAGAAACUGAGCUUCAGAAAAGUACACAUGUUGAAACACCAGGGACAAAGAAUGUGUGUGUCUCUACACCAUCUGGCUCAUUUUCCAAGCAAGACACAGUCGAAAAACAUGACCAAAUGAUAGACGAGGGAGAUUUAAAUCAGUCAGAUAAACCAAAACGCUCUAAGAACAGGCGACAGCGGCGUAAAGGCACUGGUCAGCAUGUUGUAGGUUUGCCCGUCUCUCCAUCAGCAACACCACCGGUACUGCUGUGGUUCAGGAGGGAUUUGCGACUCGGGGACAACCCUGCUCUCAUCGGCUCAUUGGAGGUUGGUGCACCAGUCAUCCCUGUCUUCAUCUGGAGCCCUGAAGAGGAGGAGGGACCUGGAGUCACAGUGGCUAUGGGGGGAGCGUGUAAAUACUGGCUUCAUCAAGCCUUGUCUUGUUUCUCGUCAUCUCUGGAGCGCAUUGGCAGCCAUCUUGUCUACCUCAAGGCAAACGGAGCUUCUCUGCGUACCCUAAAGGAGCUAGUAAAGGAGACAGGGGCUAGAACAGUCCUGACUAACGCUCUCUAUGAGCCCUGGCUGAAGGAGAGGGAUGAUGUGGUGGUGUCAGCCCUUCAGAAAGAUGGUGUUGAAUGCAGGGUGUUCCACUCUUACUGUCUCAGAGACCCUUACUCUGUCAGCACGGAGGGUGUGGGACUCAGAGGAAUAGGUUCAGUGUCCCACUUCAUGAGCUGCUGCAGACAGAACCCAGGGUCUGCAUCAGGGGUCCCCCUCGAACCUCCUGUAUCUCUCCCAACACCUGCCCACUGGCCUCAGGGUGUCUCUUUGGACACAUUAGACCUGGCACGCAUGCCCCGCAGAAAGGAUGGAACAACGAUCGACUGGGCAGCAAACAUCCGAAAAUCCUGGGAUUUCAGUGAAGAAGGAGCUUGUGCCCGGCUAGAAGCCUUCCUGAAUGAUGGUGUGUAUAGAUAUGAAAAAGAAUCAGGCAGGGCAGACGCCCCCAAUACCAGCUGUCUGUCUCCCUACCUUCACUUUGGGCAGAUCAGCCCACGCUGGUUAUUGUGGGAUGCGAAAGGGGCACGCUGUCGAUCCCCAAAGUUCCAGCGCAAACUGGCGUGGAGAGAUUUGGCUUACUGGCAGCUGAUGUUGUUUCCUGACCUCCCCUGGGAGUCCCUUAGACCUCCAUACAAGGCUCUGCGGUGGAGCAGUAAUCGCCACCACCUGAAGGCCUGGCAGAGAGGCAGAACUGGCUACCCUCUGGUGGAUGCAGCAAUGAGGCAGCUGUGGCUGACAGGCUGGAUGAACAACUACAUGAGACAUGUGGUGGCGUCUUUUCUCAUAGCAUAUCUCUACCUGCCCUGGCAAGAAGGCUAUCGCUGGUUCCAGGACACCCUAGUGGAUGCAGAUGUUGCCAUCGAUGCAAUGAUGUGGCAGAAUGGAGGCAUGUCUGGUCUGGAUCACUGGAACUUUGUCAUGCAUCCAGUCGAUGCAGCACUGACCUGCGACCCCUGCGGCAGCUAUGUUAGGAAAUGGUGUCCAGAACUUGCAGAUCUGCCCGAUGAGCUUAUUCAUAAACCCUGGAAAUGUCCUGCAUCCAUGCUGCGACGCGCUGGCGUGGUGUUGGGCCAGACGUAUCCUGAGAGAAUAGUUACAGACCUGGAGGAGCGGAGGAGUCGAUCUCUGCAAGAUGUCGCUCAUGUGCGGAAAGAGUUUGGACAGUAUGUGGACAAGCGCACGGGCUGCGACUUGGUGCCUCUGCCCCCACGCCUGCUCUCUGAGACCCUGGGCUUAUCACACAGGGAUGGCGGUGUGGUGACAGAAGGGAAGCAGUUCCUGUUGCCCGUGAUCACCCGCAUGGAAUUUAAACACCAGCUUGAAGAUCCAGAUGCAGAUGCGGCCUCGAAUCCCUACAAUGCUGUCCUAAAAGGAUACGUGAGCCGCAAGAGGGAUGAGACCAUUGCCUUCCUUAAUGAGAGAGACUUUACUGCCAGCGUGAUGUACGAAGGAGUUCAGAGAAAGGAGCGGCUGGAGAGCGAUUAUCGCAGAAUGGAGGGACUUCCUCGGCCUCCUGCCCCUCGGGGCAGGGCCAGACGAACUCCGACAGCCAAGGACAGGUUUUCUGUAGUACCUGGUGGGGCGGUCGCCUCACUCAGGUGACCCAGAGAUCUGUAAGUUUACAGGUUCAAAAUGCCAGACAGUUACUAGCUGUAAAAUGCACAAGUGAAAAAUGUUACAGAACAAGUGCUAAGACGAGGCAAAAACAAAAUCUAAACUCGACCCAAAUACAUGUGGAUGGAGGGAGGACAUUGUGAUGUGGUUGAGACGAAUUUCGCAGCAGGGUUGCAAAAUCCUAAUAUUAUGUACAUUAAGUAUUCUGUGUAACCUCAGGUGUUAAAUCAGCCUAGAUGAAAAAUAUUGGUUCAGAUCAGACAAAAUACUUGAUUUCAGUGCAGCUUUAAGGCCCAGUCUGUAUUUUUGAAAACGCUAAUCUGAGGAAUUCAUAUAAAGUUUUUUAGCCUUAGUUUGUAGACUUAGUGAUGUAAACAACAUCAGGAACAAUUGGCUGUUUGUGUGUUUCAAAAUCAUCAUUCAAGUCAGAGGUGGUAUCAGGCUCCAACACAUUUUGUAUUUUGAUUCAAGGGCUACCUUGUGUUUUUACACUUGUAUAGAGGAUUUUACCUUAGGUUGGCAAUAUGUGAAUAUAGCUAUGGAUUGAUAGUUUUUAACUGAUUCAAAUAUCUAAAUAUGUAAAUAGUGUGUGUGUGUGUGUAGUUGGUUUAACUGAAACUGUUUUUAAGUUAUGUAAAUGUCUUAAUUUGCAAAAAACAUUUAUCUAACAUGAUGCACUGACAUCAUGUUGAGUAUAUUACCCAUUUAUUACCAAAGAUCUUUGUAGUCGAGAGUGAAACUACAUGACAUGAGGUAAUUUUUAAAGUA